AUGGCUGACCAAUGUAGCUACAAGGACAAUGGCAACUUUGUAAACGCGACUUGCACGCAGGGCGGAUACGCGGAAUAUGCAGUCAAGGUCAGCGAUGUUGCACAAAUGCAGCUGGCGGUAAACCUCGCCCGAAACCUCAACCUCGGGCUUGUGGUUCGAAACACUGGCCAUGACUACAACGGUCGGUCAGUUGGCAAAGGGGCGCUCAGCAUUUGGACGCAUGGAUUGAAAGAGAUAAAGUAUGUGGAGAAGUACAUCAGCCCCACAUAUGAAGGGCCGGUGUUCAAACUUGGAGCGGGUGUGCAGGGAUUCGAGUUGUAUCAGGCUGCUGACAAACUCGGCGUGUCUGCUGUCGCUGGCAUCUGUCCAACCGUGGGUGUCACUGGUGGUUAUUCGACGGGUGGCGGGCAUUUACCUUUGAUGCAGCUCUUUGGCGUGGGUGCUGAUCGGAUUGUCGCUCUCGAAGUGGUGCUCGCCCGUGGGCGCUUCGCUACCGCUACCCCUGAGGUAAAUAGCCAUCUCUACUGGGCCAUGCUUGGCGGAGGUGGGGGGACGUUUGGUGUCAUUGCGUCUGCGAUGGCAAAGACCCACCGGCGAGUUCCUGUCACAACGUCUUCGUGGAGCAUCAUGACGUCUGAGACAGUUACCGCCGACAAGCUUUGGGAGGCAUUUAGGUUUUACCUUGACAAGAUGCCUUCGUACUUUACGCUCAUGGCACUGGCGCCGGGCGCGUACCUGUGGACCAUGAAUCCGAUUUUCGCAACGGGCAAAACGGUCGAGGAGUAUGAGACGCUGAUCAAGCCGUUCUACGACAAGUGCCACGUUUGCGACGUUCAACUACUACAUUGGCGGGGCGGGGAGGGCAUGGCGUGCAACCGGCCGGUGACAUGGGACAACUGGAAGGGUUCCGCAAGCCGCGACCAGACGUUUGCGGCGAUGCGACGUGUCGUCGAGAGCGCGGGAGUGGUUAACAUGCACCACCAGCGGCCAGCGGCGCAGAAGAGCAAGCAUGGCAACUCGGCGAAGCCCGCGGUGGGCGACGAAGAGAGCCAGGUGGUGAUUAUCAAUUCGGUUGGCGAGCAGGCGGCGGCGGGUGGUGCAUAUGGCAACGAGGCCGACAUUGCGGAGCCGGCGUGGCAGCACUCUUUCUAG